AUGGCCGAAGGGGUUGGCGAGUUUUUAUAUUCACAAGGAUACGGCAAAAAUAGUCGAACUUUAGUCAUUGGUAUUGCUAUAUUACAAGGAUUAUUAUUUAGUUUGGAUGGUUUUGUAACGGCUUUAUUAAAAUCGCCUUUUAAUCAAAUGUGUUAUGCUAUUAACAAGUCAGAAGGGAUACCAUAUAAAAAGAAAAGGCAUAUAAUAACAUUGGCUACUAGAUCUAACGAGCACUGUAAGGAAACACUUAAAAAAAUGGGUAUGUUGACUAUUGUGAUUGAGAUGAUAAGAAUUUUUAUUAUGGGAAAAGGUAUUAUUGAUAAAGAUUUAGAACCUCAUGGUAGUUGA